AUGGAGAGUAAAACGUACGCGAAUCUGCUCUUUCCUGAGUUAGCCACUUUCGACAACGGGGACGCACUCCUGGACUCAUCGGACGAAGACAAAGACAAGGAGCGGCCCCUUGGGGAGUCAACAGUUCAGAAACUGAUAGGGGACGAAAGGCAUGAGGAAGUUGAAAUUCUCGUUGCGCGUGGGCAGAAACUCACCACCCUAGACACGGCAAAAGGCGCUUGUAACUGGCAGGCCUUCAAAGCGCUGUCAUCUCUCUCGCUUUCUCACAACAUGAUAACGGACAUCACGCCUCUUCUGGUCCUGGCGCCAACACUGACAGAUGUCAACCUUUCCUUCAACAGAAUUACGGAUCUCUCGCCUAUCUUUUCCUGCAAGGCUCUCCGCCGUCUCUGGGCCGCGCACAAUUUCGUUCGUUGCAUUACGGGAGUUCGGAAUUGUCAACGUCUCGAAAUUUUGAGUCUGUUCCAGAACUGUCUUCGCGGGCCGUUCUCUUCUCUCGCGAACGAAAUCUCUCAUCUUCCCUGUCUCCUCGAACUUGACCUGGACGCGAAUCCGUUCAUCUCCUCGGCUGCAUCAGCCGACGGCGAGCCUACUGAUGGAGAAGGGGAACCCCCUGGAGGGACAAGUUGCGGUCCAGAAAAAGAAGACCGACGAAACCACUUUGCACAGGAAGGCGCAAGGAAUGGAUCCCGUUCUUCUUCCGCUGUCUCCUCCUCGCUCCAAGACUCAAAGGACAAGCUUGAUCUGCUGCUGCAGUGUUGCCCCACACUCUGCCGGCUUGACGGCGUCCCCGUUUCUCGCCUCAAGAUCCUCACGCAGGAAAAAAGUUCCGAUACCAAAGCCCUUGCCUGUAGUUCCAAACGACGAAGAGAGCAAGAGGAGGCCUCUGAUCACGGAUAUCGGUAUGCCUCGUCGCGAUCGCCUCGUCACGGUCUUUCGCCGGGCAGCCCCGCAAAAUGCCCCCGCCUUGAGGCGCAGACCCCAGAGGCUCGGGAGUCCCUCGCCACUCACGUCGCCUCUCGCCGAGCGCGUUUCGCCUCUCGAGAAGCAGCCAGUCCCGCCGACAGCUUACGAGCCGAACCCGGGGAUGAGAGCGACACAGCAGAGGAGUUUUUCGGAAGUGGACCCGAUGAACACCUCGCUUGGGAGGAGGUCCCCCAGGAGGCCGAGCAACCGAGCCUAGCGUCGCUCAAAAGAACUGUGAAGCUGCUGAAACAAGAAAACCAAAACAUGUACGGGCUGAUGGAAGAGAACGCGCGCCUGCGCAUGGAGCUUCGCUUAGGUCCCACCAGAUUCCUCAAGGCCUGCGCGAGAAGAAACGUGCAGCUGUUCUCCCAAAGUCUCGCCGCGCGCCCUCCUACCCCCACGCCCGCAAGCACUGCGACGGCUCUGCUGCCUCAGGACGCGCGUCCGUACCACCUGCCGCUUGAGACCAGCAACCGAACUGCCGAAGCGCGCUCUGUCUCUCCCUCUGUGGCAGAAGGGGAAUCUCGACCGCCGCAUCUGCCGAGAUGCAGAGGGCGAGAACCUUAUAUCCGAAGCAGAGACGGCGGUGAGCAAGAGACAGAGAAGGGAGACGCAGAGCCGAGCGAGUAUCCAGUGGACGAAGGCGAAAGCGAGCAGAUCGUGCGAGAGAGAGAAGAGGACGCCCAAGAGCAACGAGAAGCUAUGGAAGCAGAAACAGACAUGUUGCGAUGGGAAAACGGCGUCCUAAGGAAGCGGCUCGAACGUCUUGUCGCUUAUGUGGAACUCCUCAGACAGGACUUGGAUGCUUCGAGACGGACAAGGCCUGCGUCCUACCCAGAGCAGAACCAAGACUCCUCCGCUUUCCGUGGAGCCUCCAACAACGCCCGGCACGCUUCCAACGCUUCUUCUCUCGUCGGGAUGUCAGAAAGAGGCUCGUCUGCUUGCGCCUCUUCGCCUUUCUCGCGCCCGCGUGUUGCCCCGCAUCUUCGCGGUUUUGAGGCUCGAUCGACCGAAGAGACGACGGCGGCCCCGCUGACCGAAGACGACGAAUGUCCUUCGCCGUCCACGCUCUUUGCUCUCCUGGCCGAUCCUCCCGCGACCAAGGCCGUCGCGCUGGCUUCGAAGGCUUCCCUCGCCUUGGCGAGAACUGCGGCGGAGGACGCGUCUCGCGAAAGCGAGACACAACGAGACUGCGGGCACAGCGCCUGUCUCCCACAGCCGACGAAAGUGAGACACGUCCCGAGUGAAGGGAAAGAGCGAGAGGGCAAGAUGACAGCCUUCCAGCGGGAGAGGAGCGAAAACGCAAACACAGAACUGAGCCUGCGAGCACGGCGCGGUGACGCAGAAGAUGGCGACACAGAACAAGGCGAAGGAGGGAGAAAAGAGUGUGAGAAAAGAGAAGAUAAUGAGAGCGGGGCUGUCGGAGAGAAGAGCGCCGACGCAGACCUUGAGGCCUUGCUCAAGCGAAACGAAGAAAACCUGAAGGCUCUGCGCCAGGACCUCCGAGAGACAGAAAAAAUACUUUCGCGACCGGCUUCCGCCGCGUCGACAGGCGUCCCUCUUCGGUCUCGCCACCGCUCUUCUGCCCCGUCGUCAUCUGCUGCUGUGCCGGGCACGCCGCCUCGUCAGCCAGCAUCUGCGUCUCCAUCUGCGCCUUCCCUGCCUCGCCUCCCAACGUCUCAGGGUGCAAAGAAAUCCGCUAAGCUCGACAAAGCUGCCUCUCUCUCUUCCCUAUCUUCGUUCUCUUCUCUCCCCUCCCACUCUUCUCUUUCUUUUGCUCCGCUUGCGUCGCCGCUGUCAGCUCGGCCUCUGCAGACUGAGAGUGGCGAGGCGGCGCGCGCAGGCCUCUCAAUGCGCCUGUCGAGGCGUCUGUGUCCACCAGCCUCGGGCGCCGAGAAAGAGUCAGACAGGGGAGAGCAAAAGGGAGAGAAGAAGGGAGAGAAGAAGGCAGUUCUUCCUUCCCGCUCGUCGACCGUGCUCUCUUCAGCCGGGAGUCGCCUCCUGAAGAACGUUUCCGGCAGCUUCUCAGACCCGCCUCAGUCGCGCCCGCCGAGCCUACCAGGUGUCCGAAAAGCGUCUCCUGCUCCGAGUGUCUCCACCGAUCGGAAGAGCGAAAGUCCUCUUAAAAGCUUGCCGAGAGGCGAGAAAGAGAGAGCGCGGAUCUCACCAGGUUCCACCUCUCUCAACUCGCUCAGCAGCAAAUAUGAACAACCACACGCCUCGGACCAGAAGAGAGCCGCCGCGUCUGUGGCAGCCUACGAUUCGCGUGCCUCUCACUCUUCAGUUUCCUCGCUCGUCUCGAAGAGACCCUCUGUCUCCGGAAACGCAAACUGUGGGGUUGGCAGAAGGCUUUGCAGUCCCUCGCGCGCAGUGGAGCGGCGCGCAGAAGAGAAGCGGGAAGAGAAGGGGAAGCUGUGCAGAUAA